UGUUCCUUGAUCUGUUUGCAAGCUUUCGAUUACAAUGAGUGUCCUUGCACUUCUACUGGCACUCGUCUUCUCUUGUAGUGCAUUGAAUGCACAGAGUGUCACAGUCAUUGUCGACAAGUCCGGGUCCGGAAAUUUCACUAACGUCCAGCAAGCCAUCGAUUGGGUCCCUGCGAACAACAACCGGUGGAUCCGGAUACAUGUUAAAGCAGGAACAUACACUGAAAAGGUGACCGUACCUGCUAACAAACCGUAUAUCCUUCUCGAGGGAGGGAGCCGGGCAAGGACUAUAAUCCAGUCAAGUGGCCAUGGGAGCGUGGUGGGCACCUCAACCUUCACAGUGAGCGCGGAUAACUUUGUUGCCUCACGUAUAACCUUCCAGAACACCUACAAUAAGUUGAUAUUGCGAGAUGAAGAUGCGGUGCCCGAUGCGAGCAUGGAAAGGGCACCGGCAUUCAUGAUAUAUGGAGAUAAAGCAUCGUUCUACGGUUGCGGUUUUGUAAGUCUGCAGGAUACUCUUUCUGACAUGCAAGGUCGGCACUACUUCAACCGAUGCUACAUUGAAGGUGCCGUGGAUUUUAUCUGGGGCUCUGGCCAAUCGAUAUAUGAGGGUUGUGCUAUAUACUCAAGAAACGCUGGGACCACAAAUUUUAUCACCGCCCAGGGUCGUGACAGCCCCAACGAUAACAGCGGCUUUGUCUUUAAAUAUUGCACAGUAAAUGGAGACGACACCACAUUUCUCGGGAGGGUGUAUCGCGCAUACUCGAGAGUAGUAUUUUUCAAGAGCACGUUGGGUAGUCAUGUUGCACCACGGGGCUGGUUUGCCUGGAAUUUCAAGGGCCAAGAGGAUCUAACCACAUAUGUGGAGGAGGGCUGCUCUGGACCGGGAGCUAAAAAGUCGAAGCGGGUCAAGUGGAUGAAGACGUUGGGUCCGGCAAAAUUGAUUAAACUAGUAAGCACUCGUAAGUACAUAAAUACUGAUAGGUGGAUCGAAGCACAGCCGCGUCCCAGCUAAUUCAGCCAGAUGCAUCAAUGACGCAGCGUACAACGUGUGUAACCAUCACAGACCCGUUGAUUCGCGCACGAAUACCGGAACUACGACCUUCUAUACUUGUUGAUUCUACGAAUACCAGGAAAUAGGCAUCAAACUCGAAUCGAUCCGAGAUUGGAUAAAGAAAGAAAGCUCUGAAUUUUAUUAAUAAUCUGAAAAGACGACUCCCUUUGACAGCUUAAAUAGGUAUUAAUAAACCUAAAUUGCAUAAA